UUCUGAUUACACUCAAGGGUAUGAGUGCAGCUCUGCGCUAUGCCGCGGUUAGGGAUUAAGCUUUUACGGAUGCAAAUGAGUUGGAUUCCUCCAGAAAUUUCAUUUGUAGUCUGUCCACUCUGAACGGUUGAAAUCACAAACCAUUUCUUUUAUUUCCCUCCCACUCUCUGCUCUCAUCUUAUUCUAAUGCAGCACUGAUGCACGACAGUAAUGAUGGGCUUUAUUUAACCAUGGCUAUAACCUCUCACUUUAAAAAUGCUUUACAUCUUUCAUAUUCUGUAUAUUUAUUCAGGAGGGGUUUUUUUUCCCAUAGGACUUUGUGUGUAUGUGUGUGUGUGUUAAUGUGUGAGAGGAAUCUCAGGCUCUCUUAAUUCCAUCUCUGCUAACACUUCGCUCUUUCCCCGUCCCUAAUCCGCCCAUCCUAUUAAAAGGUGCUGCACCUCCUUAUGGGGCUGCUGAGAACAUUUUUUUUUCCACCAGAUUCAUCUCUCCAUCCAUCUUUUCUCCCUCAUUUCCACCUCGGCUGCACCUCUCCUCACAGUACCUUAUCCUGAGAGGCGCAGACUCUUUUAUCUAGGUCUCAGAAGACCAAAAAGGUAUCAAGAACUGCAGCAAUGAAUGGCACGGAAGGACCCAACUUUUAUGUUCCCAUGUCUAACAGGACUGGGUUGGUGCGCAACCCCUUUGAGCACCCUCAGUAUUACCUGGCUGAGCCCUGGAAGUACUCUCUCCUAGCUGCCUACAUGCUGUUCCUCAUUGUCACUGCCUUCCCCAUUAACUUCCUCACCCUCUAUGUCACCGUCAAGCACAAAAAGCUGAGAACCCCUCUGAACUAUGUCCUGCUCAACCUGGCGGUGGCCGACCUCUUCAUGGUGGUUGCAGGCUUCACGGUCACGCUCUACACAGCCCUGCACGGAUAUUUCAUCUUGGGCAUCACAGGCUGCAAUGUGGAAGGAUUCUUUGCCACUUUAGGAGGUGAGGUUGCCCUCUGGUCUCUGGUGGUUUUGGCCAUCGAGCGCUACAUUGUGGUGUGUAAGCCGAUGGCAAACUUCCGCUUUGGGGAAAAACAUGCCAUUACAGGCCUGGGCUUCUCUUGGGUCAUGGCCCUGACCUGUGCUACUCCCCCUCUGCUCGGAUGGUCCAGGUACAUCCCUGAGGGAAUGCAGUGCUCCUGUGGGAUUGACUACUACACUCCAAAGCCUGAGAUCAACAACACCUCAUUUGUCAUCUACAUGUUUGUCCUCCACUUCUGUAUCCCCCUCUUCAUCAUUUUCUUCUGCUACGGUCGCCUGCUCUGCACUGUGCGAGCGGCUGCAGCCCAGCAGCAGGAGUCUGAAACCACACAGAGAGCAGAGAAAGAGGUGACUCGCAUGGUUAUCGUCAUGGUGAUCUCCUUCCUGGUGUGCUGGGUGCCCUACGCCACUGUGGCUUGGUACAUCUUUGCUAAUCGGGGAAUCGAGUUUGGACCGGUGUUCAUGACAGGCCCAGCAUUUUUCGCCAAGGGUGCUGCUCUGUACAACCCAGUCAUCUACAUCCUGCUAAACAGACAGUUCAGGAACUGUAUGAUCACCACAGUGUGCUGCGGAAAGAACCCAUUUGGAGAGGAUGAGGCUGCCGUUACAGUCUCCAAAACCCAGACUUCAUCUGUCUCCUCCAGCCAGGUGGCCCCUGCUUGACCCAUCGCACCCCGUCUCUCUGCUCCAUCUGUCCCCUCUCACCCAGGGACCCGCCACCGCCAAGCAGCAAUGUGUCCUAUUGGCCAAUCCUCUUGACUUACCUCUCCAAUUGUCCUCACUGCAGUUGGCAUUUUAACAACUUCAGUGGGACCGACUCAAUCCGGAGCCAGCAUGCGUAUUUUCAGUCCAUUUAAUCAUGGAAAGUGUUCAGCUGGUCUCCCAGAUUUUUAACCCGACAUCAAAGAGUUACCAUCUUGGUGGCGAUCCAUCUGAACACCUUCCAGGCUCCCCACUACCCAUAAAUACCAUAAUAGUUGAAGCCUGUUUCAGUAAAGCUCAUUUUUUCUGAAUAUUUAGGUUUACUUUUGGGUUCACUUGUUUAGAUUCUUCAGAUGAGUUUUUCUUUAAUCUGUUUUUAUGUAUUUAUUUAUUUUUUCUGGUGAUUAAGUUGCGAUGGUUAGCUCCCUCUUCACUUGCAAUAUGAAUGUCGUCCAGUGGAGCCGAAGGGAACCUCUGUGGGAAGAGUGUCUCCUUGCAAGAUGCUGGAUAAGUGUGUGUGUUUGGUAAAUGUUUCUGUUCCUGAGUGGGUGCCAGAAUGCCAGUGUGAUUUGAGAGGAGCAUUUAGUUCUUUGUGUAAAAGCUACAAUUUGUGGAAGUUGUUCUGUGUUCUGCAAUAAAAACAAGGCUGAAAGUCUGCACAACUUUUCCCUAACUUUUUUUUUUUUUUUUCAUAAAAAUAUUUACAAGGUUUUACAAGAAGUUCCAGAUGCUGGUUUGCGGUCCUUUGGGUGGAAAGUCAGAUCACUACUGUCAAGUGUUGGUAAAAUGUUGUGUUGGAUUUGUGAGUUAUUGUGAGACUCUUUAAAAUCCUAAAUACUGUCAUUUAUUUCACAAACAAAUCAUUUGGCAUCACAAUUACAGUCUUUCUUCAGUUUAU